UGAGGGAACAGACACACUGCCUGGGAAGGACAAGCUGCACAGAGGGAAGCUUCUGGGAUCGCAGCUAGGCUUCCACAGGAUGGAUGGUGUGAAAGCGCUGCAUCAGCCCUGAAAAGCAAGAGCUGCCAUGCAUUUGGUUGGGAAGUGGUGUUGUGCCUUCCUGCUUCUCACCAUCAUCACGUCCAUGGUGAUGCUGGAAAACAUCAGCAGGUCUGCCGGUAGCUGGGUUCUGCUGACCUGUCCUAGCCCUUCAUGGGAGAGUCUAGUAACAGUAACUUGGAAGAUACGACCACAGAAGGGAGCUGACUGCAGCCUGGCCUACAGGGAAGAUACACACACGGUGGUCAGAACAACCUGCAGUGAGAGACUGGACUGGAAGCCUGAACCAGAGCAGAAUUUUACCCUUCAGCUUUCAUCAGUGGAACUCACUGACGAGGGCUUUUACAUCUGUGAAAUCGUAAGCAGUGAUGGGAACUUCGACCGAUGCUACCAUCUGACUGUGUUAGUCCCUCCCAAGGUCACCGUGAAUUGUGACGGAAGUGGCAAUGUGGUGUGCAAAGCAGCUGCAGGGAAACCAGCUGCACAAAUCUCGUGGGUCCCAGAAGUCUGUCACAGCACUAAGGAUGAAUCUCACCCCGAUGGGACAGUGACUGUUCUCAGCACACACAUAGCUAACGCCACUGCAGACAGUCAAGUAACCUGCUCUGUCUCUCAUCCAACGGGAAACCAGAGCCUGUCCAUAGGCUGCCACUCAGGUAAUGAAAAAGUUUAUAUAUUGGUUCCCUGUGUUGCUUCCCUUGCUGGUCUCAUGAUAGGCAUCCUGUUUCUUUUGGCUUUCAUUUACUGCUAUAAGCUGCAUCAUAGCAGGAUUUGUCAGAAAACCAAAACUCCUGAAACUGCUCCCACAGAAAAUGUUCAGGACGAUCAUGAUCUGGAGCUGGAGCCCUAUACCAUAUUUGUACAGAAGGAAAAUGUGAUCUAUAACUCUGUGUCUGACCUAACAAUGAGAGAUAAUGUUCCAGUGCAUCUCCGAACAGCAAUAUGACAGUCCUGCUGAGGCUGACUUGGUGGGAAAGUGAGAGAGAAAACCCCUUCAGGUGGCUGGUGAUGGAGAGCCUCCUCUCAAAGGAUUCUUCACAGGAUUUUGGCAAGCAGGGUUUUCCAUCACUGCUAGAUACCUUCAGACAUGCUUUACUUGCUGAUCUGUCCUUCUAAUCUCCUCUCUUCUAUCCUGUCCCCAUGUUGGGAAGGGAGAAGAGCUGUGAAGGACUGAGGGAACUACUUCCAUGAUUUUCAUUAUGAGAGUAUUGCUGACUUGGCUAUCCUCACCUCAGGAAUCCCAAGCCUGGCAGUCACUCUUCAGCAUUAGUUCUGUAGACUUGACACUAUACUGCAUAUCUUUGGGAGCAGGGAGGAGGGGUGAAUGAGCUAGAAUGAAACACUCAUUGUCAACAAGACCACCAUAUUCCCAAGUUACCAGCAUAAAGACUGUAUUAGUGCUGGUCAUCACAGUAGAGAGGUCAGUAGAAUAGCUCUGCAUCUAGGUGGUCCUGAGAAGCAGCAAUGAUCAAUGGAGAAGGUCCAUGGAUAAGAGUAGUCCCUGAUAAGCAAAAUAACUUCUCAGGUCCCCUAUGCUAUAUUUCCACAAUUUUUUUUUUCUAGUCUGCACUUACAAAUUAUUUUCAUGGGUUUUAUCACAAUUCUGUGGAGAUGGAGCCCAGCUUCCCCUUCCUCCUGGGUGCAUGAGCAUUAACAAGCUGCAAUAGAACCAUGUUGGCCCCAUCCCACAAAUCUCUAACAGUGUCAAAAUACUAAAAAAAGAAACAAAUUUCCAUAAUCUAUCUGACUGCAAUUGUGCAAUAAUACAUAGGGCUAUUUCUUCCUGGCUUCAGCUGUUUGCCUUAAUUCAUAACCUAUGCUAGCCCGUUAUUAUUUAUUUUAGCUAAUGUAAUUAUAGAUGCCAUUUUCACAUCUUUGACUCUUAGUAGACUGUUAAUCUAAACAUCAUUGCAGCGGAAGGGUACUUUGUAUGAAAAAAUUUAUCCAUGGUGAAGAGGUAGUCUUUUAAUAUAAUCAAAGCAUCCAUUUGUCCAUGUGUUGUGGGAAAAAGCAUUUGUCCUCUGUUUCAGUGUCUCAGUUUUGACAGGCUGGUGACCCAGUUUCAGAGUUAAAAAAAAUGUGUCACCCUCUCACAGUUACUAUUUACUAUCAGAGGAAAGAGCUAUAUUGAGGAGGAGCCUGCAUAAUUUAUCGGAUCAUGUGUCAAGAGGCUGACAAGGAGACAAAAGGAGUACUUGGUCCCAGUAGGCUGAGGUUGCACAGGAAGUGGGAAAGCAUACUUCUAUUUUAGACUAGAAUAGAGGUUUUAGUGCCCCAUGAUGUUCUAAUUACCUUGUGGGACAGCCUUGUGGACUGCAGCAGGUCAUUGCUUGAGAAACACUGCUCUGGAAUACUCAGCAUUUCCUAAAGUAAUCAGAACUUGUGUUAGAGGUAAUAUCUUUUAUUAGACCAACUCGAUUUUUGGAAAAGAAAAAUCUUUAAUUGCAAGCUUUUGGGCACAAGCACUCUUCUUCAGGCAUAGGAGAAAAGAUUGUAAAAGUUCUCUUAGAUAGAAAUAAUUUAUCCUAUAUAGAAAUGAUGCAUCUCCUACGCAUUUUACUAGGCCAAGCUGCUGUAAAUAGUCUUAAACACUAAUCUGUUCCUUCCAAAACAUCUAACCCCCUUUCACCAACCUUUGUGACACAACUGUUUCCCUUCUCUAUUUCUGGUAUGUCAUUGUUCCUAGAGGUGAUCUGAAAGAAAGCCAGUAUUCAAAGUGAAGGAGUACACCGAGUUUGAAAUUUCAAAUGAACCUCAGGGGCCUCAGCACCUUCCUCUCAAUGAAUAAUAGGAUAUGGUCACUCAUUCCCCUCAGGUUCCUUUGAAAGUACCAGCUAUAAUAGGUAUGGCACUGAACUUAAUGGUUUCCCAUCCUCAUAUUGCUAAAGAUCUUUUAGCCUCUAUGUGUUCUCCAGUCACCACACCAUAUAGUCAGCAACAUGGCCUUGACAUGCUCCUGUGAGAGUGCAGUUUGAGCCCAACAGUGUAUGCCAGACUUCUCUUGCCAUGUACGUUAUCCUGCAUUUGUUUACUCUGGAUUUUACCUUUCAGCCUGCUGCCCUGCUGCACCUGCCUUUUGGUACUCCUUACAACCCUGCAUGCCCAGGGCCAAGUUAGUUACCUCUGAUCUGGGCCUAGAGUCUUGUGAUGCUGACUAGCUACUCACCCUGUCAUGGCUAUAUAAAUUACAGCUAAUCUGUCCUUCCAAUAGCAGCUAGUUGUGGCACAUGGUUGGAUGGCCUUGGUCAAGAGCCACACAGGUUGUUUGUAUCUACAUGCUCACUCUCCAGUGAAUAGUGAUGCAUAGAAGGGGAAUGAAGGUGAGGAGGGGGCAUGUGCCCCCCCGAGAUUGGCCCUUGCUGGCCGGGGAGUGGGGGCACUGAGAGAAGCACCAGUCAGUGUCCCCCCCCCCCCCCCCCCCGAGAUUGGCACUGGCCGGGAAGUGGGGGCACCGAGAGAAGUGCUGGUGGCACUUUUGGUGUUGCCACCAACACUUCCGGGGUCAGCUAUCAGCAGCUGGGGGACUCACCCCCCAGAGUCGGCAAUCAGCCGCAGGUGCCCCCCCCGUACUCAGGAGGCACCAGUUGCCCAUGCUCCAAUGUUGGCCCAGUGCCACUGCUCACACUGUGCUGGCCAACACAACAGCAGGACCCACUCUUUACUGCUAGACUAAAAGUUGCCAUUUAGCCACAUGAUUCUUUAACCCAAGCUAGGACUUAGCUGGACUGUGAACAACAAGAUGUAGGCCACAAAUUGCCUCCCUUAUUCAGAGACUGGAAAGCCAGUAUGCUUGACCAUGUGCAAGUCAAACAUCUUCCCAAUGCAUUCAUCAUCAUCAUCCUUUUUUUGCAGGAAUUGUCAUUUUGGAGUGGAGGCACUGGCCUUCCCACCCAGGUAUUUCCUUUUUCUUGCAGUGCUGUGCCCCUUUUUUGCAGCUACCUUACAAUGAUGAUGUUGAAUUGAAUGAUGUUCUGAAUUUGCAGUUACUUAGGGGCUCAGCCAUGCUUGCUUCUAGAAGUAAUUCCUGUGUUGCACAUUUGCAAGAAGCAUGUUCCACAAUGGGCUGCUCCUUGAAAGAACUUCUUGUGAUUUACAGUGUCUCUCUCCAAAUCAUCUUCUGAUGCAACAUUUAUAGUUGUUUAGUUCAAGGCACUUCUUGACUGAUGCAUUUGACAGCUUCAUCCUCCACCUCAUUUGGGAUUUGCCAUCUGCCACCCUUGUUCUACAACAGAGUCUAGAAUUCCUUUCAUGAAUAGUGGGGUUGGAAGCAAUGCACUGAAUAGUCCCCAAAUUUGUGUUUUUCCCCAAAUUUGUGUUUUGAUUGGAUGUAGGGCCCCAUUAGUUGCCUAAUUGUUUUGUCAAAGCCAGGACUCAGUCACAGAUCCUGGGUAAUUGUUUCCCAUUAAAGUAAAUGACAAAACUCCCCAUGAAUUCUAUACACAUUUUCCCCCUAGUUCUCUCAUUGACUUACUACAUACACCGUGAGCAAGUAACAUAGCAUCUCAUUUUAGGUCUGAUCUUAUUUCCACUGAAAUCAAUGCCAGAACUCCCUUUGACUGUAAUGGAAGCAGGAUCCAGUCUUUUAACCCUCAUCAAAACAACAUGCAAAAUGGUGGUGCCUAUCUGUAAAGCAUUUUACUCCUGGGCCAAAAGACACCAUAUCACCCUUCUCACUCCUUGCAUAGCCUUGCUCACCACUUAACCCAUUUACAGUUCAGUUCAGGAAUGACACUAUCCCUCCAUCCCACAAUGCCCUCCCACCACAUUUCAGAAAUGAAAACUCUGCCCAGAACUCAGUGUCACCUAUUCAACCUUAUCUCUUACUACUGAGAGGGCUGUUAGUAACUCCACUGACAGAUGUCAUAGCCUGAUUUGACUGUUGUACAGCACAGACCAUGCUGGCUCCAGCUGCUUGUUUAACAAACCCCAACCUCCCCUUUCCCUCACUAGAAUGUAAGCAUUUAAGUUGCCUAAUGUGGCAACCUAAUUUGGAAGACUAGACCAAGGUGAACCAGAAUGUCUACUUAAAGCCAAGUUUCCUUCAGGCACAUAAAAAGCCUGUAGUGUUUGACCCUGUGAAAAUAAGUAAGGGUAAAAUUCACUUCCUAGGAGUUUGGUGCAUCUAUUUUUUUAAGAGGAGAUUUUUAAUCAAAUGCUGAUUUUUACCAGGUUUGGAGCACAGUAUUUAUCUUUACCUAGGUACCUGUAUUUUUGAAGUCACAUUGUGGCUUCCUUUCUCCCAGUUUUCAGCCUGCUGAAAUUCCAUAGGUUUGCAGUUGCUAUCUCCCCUAGGCAAGUGAAAGAUUGUUCACAGCCUCACUGCUGAGAGCUGUGAAUUUGCUUCAUCUUGAGACUAGUGGUAGUUUCAAAGGUUUCCCUCCUGUCUUAAAGGAAGUUUGAGGUAUUCAGAGGUGUGUGGGGGAAGGGUUUUUCUUUUUUAUGUUUUACUUGUUAAAUUGUAGCUGAUACAUCCUGGGAAUAAAGAGCUUUAUAAUGGUA